GGAGGAGGAGCCGCCGCGCAGCGCGAGGAGCUGCCGCGCGGGGAGUGGUGGUGCUAGCACCUCUCCCGCCCGGGAUGGACGGUGCCGCGCCGGCCGCCGAGGCGGUGUAGCCCUCGCCGGGUCCCGCGGCGCCCGGCCGGGCUCCCAACUCAGGACACCGCCACUCCCGCUCAUUCCCCGCAGACGGCCCGGGCCCGGCCGCCGCGCCGGGGUGAUGUCCGGCGGCCGUAGGAGGGGCGGCGCCCCCUGGCACAGCUUCUCCCGGUUCUUCGCUCCCCGGAGUCCUUUCCGGGACAAGGAAGAAGAGGAGGAGGAGAGGCCAGGGACGGGCCACCCGCCUGCCCCGGGCCGGGGCGCUGCCAGUGUUGAAAAUGAGCCCAUGAGCACAAGUCAGAAAAAGGAAAAUGUGCUUUCAUCAGAAGCAGUAAAGAUUCCCCAAAGUGAGCACAGAAGGAACCAUGCUGAGAAGCUAAUCGCUCUUCCAGUGCCAGGAGAUUCCAAAAAGCCCAACGACCUUCCCAGUCCUACGUCAGAUGGCAAAACAGGAGAAAGUGAUCGACAGCCAAAAGAAAGCUUUUUUCAGUUUCUUGGCAACUUAUUCAAUAUCUCUGGAAAAGCAUCUCUUGCUGAGGCCAAGCAGUCCUCUCUGAAAGAUGACCAUGACAGAACUGAGAAGGACUUCCGAAGUCCCAGGGAGCAUCAGGGGGAAGAGGUCAGGGAGGAGAGGGAGAUGUGCAGGGGCUCCCCGGGAACCCCGGCCCUGCUGGCAGGAGAGCAGGAGUCCAGCUCGGCUGCACCCUCAGAUGCCUUUUCUUUGGAUACCACACAAGACAGCGAACAGGAAACCAGUGACUUCAUAAAACAAGCAGAUGGUAAACCAGAGAGGCCUUCAGUAACAUAUGCAACGUAUCGAGGCCCCAGACAAAUUAGGAAAUUUUUGAAGCAACAGACUGUGUUAGAAACUGUGAAUCCCUUGGACAGAGAAAAUGAAAGUUCUGACUCUAGUACGAGCACACAUACUGGCCCUGGAAAUGAGAUUGAGGCUGGGAUGCGGUCAUCUUUGUCGUCAUCUAGCACAGACAUAGCUAUGAAAGGACAUAUGCAUGGAGACCUAUUAGAAGACUCUGAUUGUAGCAGAAUAAGUCUCAACACAGAAAGCCAUCUGACAAACAACCCAGAUGUGCUGAAGAUUGCUUCUUCUAAGGAAGUUUUAAAUAAAAAUGGCCCUGGGGGACCUGAGGGAAGUAGGCCAUCCCCUUCUUCUGUGACUAACUCCAGCUUUGCUGUUGGAGAAUCUGACUCACAGCAGCAUUUAAGUCAUGUGCUAGUUUCUCAGACUGACGGAAAUCUAGUGUGUUCCGCAUUGUUGACAGGAAGUUGCAGCGGCACAGCCCCUGGCCGUCCAGGCUUUCAGAGGAUAACUCCUCCCGAGACUGCAACAGAAGAAAGCAGCUCCAUCGGGAGUGAUGGGAGCCUGGUGCAAAGGGAAGAGCGUGUCGAGCCUGAGCACCCUGCUGUUGCUGACUUGUCUUGUAGUAAAUCUGAUGGAAGUGACAGUACCCAACAGGAAAGUACAGAUUUUCCGUGUCCAGAUAAAUCCAUCAGGCAUGAAGACCUGCCGUCUCCAGAGAGUGAGUGUUCUGACACGCCAACUGUAGGUAACUCAUCACAACAGGCUGCCAGUCACACCGCUGCUCUUCCGAGACAUGCUGUGACAGGCACUGAACUUGUAAAUGAAGGAAACAGGUUGUCUGCCCGAGAUGCACAGAAAAAUCCAGCUGUUACAGAAAUCAGGCAAGAAACAGAAACUGUCUCAGUUGGUGAACCCACAGCUUCAAGUCACGCAAACAAUGCAGAAGAUGGAAUUGAGCCAUUACCCAAAGAUACUGACCAGUUGUCUAUAGCAGAACCCAAAAGCCUUGAUUUUGGGCCACAUGGCAAAAUGCCUCAUGCUCUUAGAAUCAAUCAAAAGGACCCUGCUGCUGUAAAAUGUAUCAGUGAGUCACCAGGUGUAGCCUGCCUAGAAAACAAAAUAACCCCUGAACUGUCCUUCAAAAGCCAUAGAAAUCACAUUUCAGACUCUCUUCCCGACUCUGAGAGUCCUCAACAAACUCAAGUAUCACUUGAUACCAGAACCUCUCUUCCCCUUGACUGUGAAAAAUCAAAUUCCAGUGCUUCAUCUCCCCCCAUUGUUCCUGGAAUUAGUACGCUGAGCAGGUUGGAUGUGCCUGUUUUAAAGAAUGAGGGGUCUUCUGUGCUCAUUGAAACAGGGGAUGUCAACAUUGUUGGUGUUUCCAAUGAGCCUGGUGAGUGUCGAGAAGAAAAUGUGGCGAAUCACAUUGACGCUGCAGAUGGGAAGAGUCCUCUAGCUUGCCUUCACCCUGAGCACACGUCUGUGAUUCUUGAAUCCAAGGAUGUUCUUCCUAAUAGUGAAAAAUGCCAGGUUCCACUAGACCCUGAAACCAGUGACACCCACCUGACGGGGGUGGACUCGAGAUUGGAGGAUGAAAGCCUCUUUGAGCAUCACAGUUCCAUUUCCUCUCAGGACCCUCAUAAAGCAGAGUUAAUGCGUUCAAACAGCGGAGCAAGGAAAAGCACUAUGGAGAAGUCUGGUUCUCUUUCCUUGGACACCAAAACUAGUAACGUUGCUAAAGUUUUCUCAAAAGCUGAAGUCAAUGGUCAGAAUAGUGUUCCUGUGGAGUCACAUUCUGGGAGAGGAAAAACUAUAGCCCUCUCCGAGAUACCUGUUUCCCACACAGACCCUGGAGACAUUUCUCAGGGUAAAAUUUCUUCUCCAUUUGAAAUUACAGAUGUGCCAGCAAAGCCUAUCUUAUCAGAGUUAACCUCUCCAGAGGCUGAACAGGACAAAAGUUGUCAAUUGGUGGAUCAUAAUGAGCUUAAAGAAAAAUAUUCAGAUGCUGGACUUAAAGAGAAUUGCCAAGCGGCGGUUUCUCCUUCUGUCUCCAGAUAUCAAGGUGUAAAGGAAACAGAGAUAGAAGUGUUGGCUUAUGCUUCUGCUUCUCUCAGAAGUAAUACACCUGGGAUUUUACCUCCCAUUCAUGAUGAAAAAGCCAACACUUAUGUGAGUUAUGAACCUUCAGAUAUUUGUGGGACUCAAAAGAUUUCAGGUUUCUCAGAAACAGCAGAACUCAGCCUAACUAAUACUUGCCCCAAAUGCCAAGAAACUGACAGCACAAAAGUAAAUUCACCUUUUCUAGGUUCUGACAUCACUUUGGAAAAAAACACUUUUGCACCUGAAGAUGCAAGCGUUCUCAGUGUUCCUUCUGUGCUCAGAUCUGAAAAGGAAGCCUCGUCUCAGGGAAAGAAAGGUGGGGUUGACAGCAUGCCUUCCUCUAGUAAGGCCGAAGGAGUCAGCAUGGUCACGAGUUCACAUAAUCCCCUGGAUACUUUUGGUUCUGCAGAAGUUGCUAUAGAUACCACACAUGAAGGUGCCUUAACUAACCGGCUGUACCCUGAUAGCUCUUAUUUGGAAUUGGAAGCAUCUGUACCAACAGGGGCUGAAGUGACCUCCUUUCAGGGACAUUUGGGUAAUCGUACUGGGACGGUAUCUCUGGAUUUCCCAACUGCUGCCCCGUUUGACAGGCCCAUGGAAGCAGAGGUGGGAGCAGUUGCUGGGGCCCCGGCGUCAGUUAACAGCUCCCGCCAGCAGUGUUCUGAAGCCUCUGCUGAGCAUCAGCUCGGGGCCCUCAGAAGCGGUUUGCUGAAAAAGGCUGACACGUUGAUCGGCGAGGUCUUUGAUUCUGUUAGGGAAGACCUGAAAUCCAAGCACACAGUUGAUACCUGCCAGGAGCAUCUGGCCAAAGACGGCAUCAUGGACCCUGGCGCCCUGCCAGAAGGCACACCUGAGGAGAACCCAGCGAAGGCGCCACUGCCGGGGAGCCAACUGACAGAGCAUUUGGAAGAGCAGGACUUGGGAAACAUGGCAGGAGUCCAAGGGGAAGAAAGGGCCUGUGUUUCGCCUGCACCUGGUGAGGAGAGUCUCCUUUUUGAUUCUGAUAGAAUGAAUGUAUCUUGUUUGUUAGAAGAUCAAGCUAGGGAAUUAGUCAGUGAGAUUAUUAAUUCAGUCCGAGAACAUAUAACAAAGGAUGCUUUUGAAGAUACUGAGACUACCUGGGAUUCUGAACUUCAGGCUAAUACUCCAAAAAUGCUGAACAGUGAUAGUGUUAAGCCUCCUGUAAGGGAGUUGGUGGUAUCAAAACAGGUAGUAAAUCAAAGCACAUGUGAAAUUAGUGAACAUAAAGUAUUCGGUAGAUUCUUCUCUGUAAGUAACACAGAGUCAAUUAAAGGAAACGGAGCUGGACAGUCUGAUGGUAUAAACUUGCAGGAAUCAGAUACUGUUUUACUAGCUGAAGACUUGCCCCGUAAAGGGUCAGAUGAUAGGGUAGAAACACAUGUACUUCUCAAAGAGGGCUCUAAAGAGAAAAUGGAAAUAGAAUGUGUGAAUAAUCAAAAAACUGGGACAGAGGAUACUGGAACUCUUGUAUUAAAUGUCCAAUGGCCUCCGUGCACAAAUGAUGACACCCGUUUACCUGGGACAUCCAGAAGCAGCUUGUCUGAUAGUCUUGUGUGUAUGCCUGAAAAGGGCUUGCCAGCACACAGUAAUAAGAGCAUACCCCUUGCAAUGUCAGAAGUAGGGCAAGUGCACAAAAAGGAUGCUGAAGGAAAUAUAGGAAACACUGAGCUUAUCCCUUCCAUGUUAGAAAUAGGAAAAACAAACCAAAAGAAUGCUGAAUAUAGUGUUAUGAAAAAUGAGGCAGUCCCCCUUAUGUCAGAAAUGGAAGGAACACAUAAAAGGGAUGAUGAAUUGAAUGAGACAAAAACUGAGCCCAUGGCUGACAGUUUUAAAAUGCAAGAAGUACAUCAAAUGGAUGCUGAGGGGUAUCAUGAAAAAACUGAGGGAAUACCUGCCCUUUUAGGAAUGGAAAAUGCAUGUAAGAUGGGGGAUACUGAAAGGGAUAUUGGCAAAACUGACGUGAUGCCUGUUAUGUCAGAAGUAAAAAAUAUCUGUCAAAAAGAUACCGAGGGAAUUACUGGAAAGACUGAAGUGAUGUCUGUUAAACUGGGAAUGGAAAAUAUUUGCCAAAAGCAUGCUGAAGGUGAUGUUGGCAAGACCGGGGUGACAUCAGUUGUGUCAGAAAUAGAAAAUAUCUACCAAAAAGAUGAUGAGGGGUUUACUGAAAAGUCUGAAGUGAUGCCUCCUGCAUCAGAAAUAGAAGAUAUUUACCAAAAGGAUGCUGAGGGAGAUAUGGACAAAACUGAGGUGAUGCCCAUUGUGUUUGAAGUGGUAAACAUCUACCAUGAAGAUUCCGAGGGGGUUGCCGAGAAGACUGAAAGGCCUGUGUUGGGAAUGGAAAACAGUUACCAAAUGGAUGCUGAAGGAGUUACUAGGAAAACUGAAAAGGUGCCUUUUGCAUUGGAAGUGAAAAAAAUACCCAAAAAGGCAGCCCCUGCCUCUCCAGAAAUGGGAAAAGCAUGCAAGAGGGAUGCUAAAGAGACAGUUAGAACGAUUGUGUCCAUGCCCUCUAUGAUAGAGAUGGAGAGAACAGCCCCAGAAGAUUCUGAUGGGCCUGUCAGGAAACACCAAGUGUUACCUGCAGUGGUAGAUGUAGGAAAAACAUAUGGGACAGGUCUGGAAUUGCCCGUUACACAAGCAGAGGCCAUGCCUCCCAUAUCUGAACCUGAAAAAGUACCCCAAGAUUAUGCUGAAGAGAGUAUUGGAGAAAUGGAGGAAGAGCCCACUGAAGUAAAGGAAGGCUUGAUAGCACGUGAUAACCGACUUGCUUCCUAUUUCAGGGGAUAUGAACCGCCUACGUUAAGUAAGGAUUUUGAAGGCUACCCUGCCUUAGCAAUGCCAGAUUUUCAACCUGUGGAUACUAUAGAAAGGCUAGACAGAAGAACAGCUGUUACUGCAGUAGAUGACAAAACAAGAAAUCUAGGAGAUGGUUGCGAUAAAAGAGAAGACUCUAACUUAGCCUUCAUUUCUCAGGCUGAACAGGAAAACCCUUCCUUCACUAUAUUGUAUGAAGAACCCCUUCAAGGUGAAGACAAGUGUGCUCCUGCUGAAGUGAGGAGAACCUGUCCCUCGUUUCCUGAUGCACCCCCUGGCAGCAUACCUGUUGUCACAUGUGAAAGGUCUGAGAGUAGAACUGACCUGGUCCAUCAUUUUGAAAGAGGUACUAAAUUAGGUGAGAACUUUGAUAGUGAUAGCUCAGAAAUGUUCUUAUCAGUGGAAGCCAAAAGGUACAAAAUUUAUCCCUUAGCUUUGUCUCCCAUCUAUGAGGAUGACAGCUCUCAGGAGGACAUUCUAUCCAACGAGGUCUCACCUGGUCAUCAUGGCUCCACAAAAUCUAGGGAUAAUGCCAACCAGCCCUCUUCUGUCUUGUCGCUUCUCCAGUCGGUGUCAGAGCGCUUAAAGAUGAAUUUUGAUGAAGAGGAGAGGCAGGAGUUAGGGGAAGAGGAAGAAGAGUCAUUGCAUAAGGGAAGUCUCAGAGCUAGCAGGAGGGAAUCUGUUGCCUUCAAGUGGUCAGAUCCUUCCAUCACGUUUGACUCUGAUGAUGACCAGGAAAGGACUGGAAUUUCUAAGAAUUCAUCUGUGAAGGCAAAGGAACCUACAACCCCUAAUCUGCAAAUUGGGCUGUGGCCAGAAAAGGCCCCAUUUCUACAAAAGUCUGACCUUACUUCUAAACUACAUUCUUCUGUAAAGAGUGCUUAUCAUCAGUAUUUGCAGACUUCCAAAACCCACUCCUCAGAAAAAGGAGCCCGAUUUGGUGGGACUUUGCAGGAACCGGCUUCAAAAUAUUUCCGUGCUCAAGACAACUCAGGCAGAUUAAGCCCAUUCAUAGAGAAUGUUGACAUACAAUCUCUGAGGUGUAACCCAAGACCUGGAAAGAUGGUUAUCUAUGAUCUCCACGGAAGUAAUUAUAAACAAAAGGUCUACUGUAGUAUUCUCGAUGCUACAUCAUGGACCUUUCCAAAUGGGGUACUGAUAAGAGUUGUAAGAGGCUGCUGGAUUUUAUAUGAGAAACCACAUUUCCAAGGUCAGAAAUGUGUGUUAGAAGAAGGAGAAAAGGUACUAAAUCGUGACUGGAUCCUUCAGAACAGAAUGCAUCCACAGAGAAACUUUGUAUUGGGUUCUAUCAAACGUGUUAUAAAGGAUUGCAGUAUUCCGGAGAUAGAACUUUGCCUGCAGUCUGACCCACCAUGUUGUCCUGUCUGCAUACAGCGAGCAGUCCCUAACUUAGAAGAGCUGGAUAUCCCCAAAUACGUGUCCUUCACUGUGAAGUCUGGAGUUUGGCUUGCCUACCCAGAUAUUAAUUUUAAGGGGCAAGCUACAAUUUUGGAGGAAGGCCAUGGACUCUUUGAGAUUUCUGCAGCAGAAAUGAAAUCAUUGCAUCCACUUCAAAUGGGUGGACUAAAAGUGGAAAUGCCCAUGAACUUAAAGCUUGUGAAUGUUGGGGUGGGGGGAAGUGACAGCACAAAAGCCCAGGUCUGUAUUGAAAACCCAGUCAAGCCCAAUAAGCACCUACUGACACGUGGAAAGGUGGUUAUUAUUUAUGAAAAACCUCACUUCCAUGGACAGGCCAAAGAGUUUAGUGAACAUAUAGAUUCUGUCCCUAAUUUUUUAAAAAAUGAUGAGGACUUUCAUGGAAUUGGAUCUAUUCGUGUCAUCGGUGGAGUGUGGGUUGCCUAUGAAAAAGAACAUUUUAAAGGCCAACAAUUCUUGCUUGAAGAAGGAGAUUUUGAAGACAGACAUGCUUAUGGGGCAUUGAGCGGCCCCAUCUUGUCUUUCCGGUACUUACAAGCUAAUUUUAUAGAGUCUUCCAUCACACUGUUUGAAUCUGACCUGGAAAGUGGGAAGUUUAUUGACAUUAAAAAUCAGGAAAUUUCUGACUUAGAAGAAACGGGCUUUGGCACUGAAACAAGAUCCAUUCAUGUUAAAAGUGGAGUGUGGGUUGCCUACCAGCAGAAGUUUUUCUGUGGAGAACAGUACAUUUUAGAGAAAGGGAAAUACAAAUGCUUUUUUGACUGGGGAGGAUCAAAUAACAUAAUCAUGUCAAUACGACCUAUCCAACUGGAACCACUUGGGAUAAAUGAGCCUCCACAUUUGCUCAAAGCAUUCAGUAAACCAGGGUUCCAAGGUGAAUGUGUAGAUUUUACCAAAGAAAUUUCUGAUUUGACUUCAUUCACUCCAUGUUCUUUCAAAGUUCUUCGGGGCUGCUGGCUCCUGUAUUACCAAGAGGACAUAUCUGAUAACCAGUGUGUGUUAGAAGAAGGUCUCUAUGCUGACCUUACUUCUUGUGGCUGCCCGACAUCUGAAGUCAAGUCCCUCCAGCCCAUUGACUAUGUCUUUGAGGAACCCUCCCUCAGCCUCUUCGCUCUGGAGCACUGUGAGGGCAGAGAGCUGCACCUCGAAGAGGCCGUGAACUCGGUUCUGAACAAGGACCUGCACUUCUACACCCAGUCCGUGUGGAUAAAAAGUGGACAGUGGAUAGCUUAUGAAGGAUCCAAUUUCCUAGGAAGACAAAUCCUACUCGAACCCAAUGAGAUCCAAAAUUGGACGGCAUUCAGCGGGUGGAAAACCAUUGGUUCCCUCCGUCCUAUGAAGCAGCCUGCAGUGUACAUCAGGAUCAAGAACCGGGCCCAGAAGGAGUACCUGACAGCCAUUGGAAAUGCCGCUGACGCCCGGGCGAACUCUGUGUGCACCGCCCCCUACAGCGGGAAGAACACCCAGGUCUGGCACUACUGCCGAGGACUCUUCAAAUCCAAGGCCAGCGACACCUGCCUGGAUGUGAUUGGCGGCCGGGACACGCCAGGAGCUAGAGUAGCCCUGUGGGCGGAACAUGGGCAACUGAGGCAGAAGUGGAGGCUGAACAGAAACGGCACCAUCAGCUCCUAUCUCAGCGACCAGCUUGUCCUCGAUGUGAAAGGAGGAAAUUAUUAUGACAAGACCCAUGUCAUUGUAAACCAGCCCCUGGAGGGGAAAGAAACGCAGAAGUGGGACAUUGAAAUCUUGUGAGACUUGGCAGCAUCCCUAGAAAGAACCAAGGGGGAAGCGCCGUGCCUCCCCGGACAGGAAGCACCACCGGUGCUCACCACCAGGAGCUCAGCAUAUUCUUGCCAGCUGCUCCGUGCCCCUGUGAGGAACGGGUCAUGAUUUCUGGUUAAAGGUUCUAUUCCUGCUUCAUCUCCAACAUGGGUGAGCAAGUCUACCGACACCGGUGUUCUCUCUCCGUCCACCCAGUACGUUCCGUUCCUGACAGCAUCAUUUAGGACACUGGCGGUGCUGCCGACCUGUAGGUAUUCACAUCCUACUACAUGUGUGGAUGAGUCCAAGGCGCGGGGAAGUAAAUUCCUAUAGGUUGUGAAUAAUUUUCAGCAAUAUUUGAAGAAUAGUUAAUAAACCUAUUAAGCUGCUGUAUUAAUAGCUAAACCUUAAAGGUUUUCUAUUGAGGCUUUUAUAACUGAAGCACCGUAAGUAUUCAUACUUGUAACUGACCCCAGGGAGGGACCUGAACUUUAUCAGGAAAAGGGCUUAAAUAUGGAGUAUUGUCUGUGGCCAUCCUUUUCUCAGUCCUUCAGACUUAAAAAGCACAAAUCACCUGACCAUCCUUGCACUCUAAGUAUUAGCAAGACACCCUCUGGGCCACAGGACUCAGUGUUACCUGUCCUGGUGUGACACCUCCCCCUCGGUUUCGCCUGAUCUGCCCUCGAGAAGGGUUUAUUAAAACUGUUUCACCUCCAUAGAAGAUGGUCAGGUAUUUAUUUGCCUGAUAAAGGGAAGUUUCACAUGUUCAAAUUAAAACCAAGUAGUAGUUGAGACUUGACUAUACCAUUUUACUGUAAGUAAAAGUGGAGUUGAUUUUUCUACGAAAUAGAAAACUCAGUGUUCCACUCCCAUUUUAAAUAGCUUUUAUUUAAGCAAAAUCAGAUAGGAUAUCACCUUGGGCUUAAAGUAAGCAUUACCACCUUUAACCAUACAAUUCACAAGCAUUUUUCCUUCCUGAGCUGGUUUUAAACUGAGAGUUGGAGAUAACUGUUCCCUUUAUCCCCAACUUUUGCCAGAAAACAGAAAAAUGUCCUAUUUUUUACAUAGAAAGAUUAAGUUCUCCAGUGGUAUUUUUUAAAAUAUCAACCUGUAUGCACUUUAGAAUAUAAAGUAACAGUGAAUUGUUUAAACUCAAAGACCCACUAUUUUGAGAACUUUUUAUAGAGACUUGGUCUUUCCACGUAGAUAUCAUUGGGGUUUUUCCUCUGAUCUCAGGCUUUUCUGUCAUCUUUGAAGCAGCAUCUGUAAAACUCCCUCAUGCCCAUAGACAUGAGUGCCUCUCAUUAGUGUGGCAACAUUAUUUAAUGAAACUUAUAGGGGUAACUUUAUUUUAAAUGGGGGCUUGUGUAUACAAAAGGUAUGUAUAUUGUCAUUGUAAAAAAAAAAAAGUUAAAAUUUUUUUCUUCAUGUUAAUUGCUUAAAAAUUUUUCAGAGCCAAUGAGGCUCUUUAAAGAAGUUUCUUCCAAAGAACAGAGACAAAGCCAGGUAACAACUUCUAAAUUUAAAUGAUACCUUUAUUGUCGUUGUGCCUUUUCUACCACACUGGAUAAAUAAACCUGUCACAAGUA